AUGGCGGCCGGGUUCGUCACCUCCGGUGGCCUCGGCGUCGCCGGGCUGUCCGUGUUCUCCUGGAUGUACAAGUACCUGACGGGCAAGCACCCGCCGGGCGCCGACCAGCUGGACCACGCCAAGGCGAGGCUGGCAUCCAAGGCCCGUGACAUCAAGGACGCAGCGCAGCACCGCGUCGACCAGGCGCAUGGGUCAUGA